UCUCGACAUCUUUCUUCUUUUCUGUCGUCUGUCACUUUUUAACAUUUUGUGUUUUUUUUUAAAUAAAUUUAUUUUAUUACAUAUAUAAACCUCAGAUAAGCCAUUUAAUUAUCUAGAACCUCGAAUCCCAACCGAAUCGACUUGAAAAAUGCCAGCUGUACCUGGAGGUGUAUACUCGCAACAAGGCCCUUCAUGUUUUGACAAAAUGAAAAUGGGUUUCGUUUUGGGCUUUUGUGUGGGAAUGGCUAGUGGUGGCUUGUUUGGUGGAUUCUCGGCCUUAAGGAGUGGAUUGAGAGGCAGAGAGCUAGUAAACACAGUAGGAAAAGUAAUGCUCCAAGGAGGGGGCUCGUUUGGGACAUUUUUAGCAAUCGGCUCUGGCUUAAGGUGCUAGCAUCAUGUAGAAACCAAUUGACUUACUAUAGUAAAAAUGUACUGAGCCCUGGUAGUUAUAAAGAUUUGUUAUUAUUAUUAUUAUUAUACCUGCUAAUAAAAAAAUGUCUGCAGUUUCAUUGAUAAUAAUUAAAAAGCGUAGGCAUUGGAUUGAAAAAAAAAUCUACAAUUUUAGAAACAGAAAACUAUACAGCAUUUUUUAUUAGAAUCUAUAGAAAGUAUCAUUAAACACAAUAAUAAUAAUAUUUUUAAAAACUAUACAUAGGAUAACACUAUUAAACAUAACCUUUACACUUUAUAACAUUCUUUCUAUGGAUGCAAAUUUUGCCCGGUACAGUUUAAAUUAUCCCAAUGCAAACCCAAACUGAACCCAACAAAAUCCAUCUCCUUGAAAUAAUAAGAUAAAAACUUGUUAAUUGAAAGGAAAAAUUUCAAUAGAUUAUACAUCACAUCACAAUAUGAGUUUUUUUUUUUAAAUAAAUAAUUUAAAGCAAAGCUGAAAUAUCCCAAAUUUUAAUAAUCCGAUCCUGACCGACUGUUACGAUUUUUUUUGAUGUUUCAUCUACAUCCAUGGCUAUGAUACAGUGUUUUGCAUCAUGGAAAGUUGCUAGGGAGAUUCUCCUAAAAAGACAACUAAUUAAUACAAACAAAUAUACACUCAGAAAAUUGUUACUCUUUAUCCUUCAACAACGCAUGGCAAGGUUCGCAAACCCUAACUGCAAAUUCAAAACCCAUUGCUGGGAUAGUGAGACGAGCUUGUGAACAUUUUUCACAAAUCGCCUUACCACAGUGACGGCAAUGGUGCUGCCUUAAUCCAAGCUGACGUUGGUCCAUCAUAGCUCUAAAAUAACAGAUAAUGUAGUAUGUGGUUGGAUUGGAUUGGAUCAAGUUUCUACCUGAGGUUCCAAAAAAAUGGCUUAUUGCACAACUGACACAGAUCGGAUUCCACCCAUUCUGGAGUUUCCUGACGCGACUGGUUCAUAUCCCAGAAAACCAUAACGCCAUCUUCCCCUGCGCUAAUUAGUUGUUUCGAUGAAUCGGAAUAAUGUAAAGCUGAAAC